GUGUUCUCCCUUCAAAAGCGGUUCGUUCUAAUCAUUGGCUGUGAGGGUUUGCGCUUCUUGUAGAUUAUUUCGCUGUCAAUGGCCCGCUGGUGGACCUGUUUUCUAUGAAUACCUUGGCUUUUUACAGCCAAAAUGCCAAGUAUUUCCGUUGUUAUGGAUAUCUUAUAUUGUUUAUGGAUAUUUCCAAUGGUAGGGGCUGUCGAAGAAAUACUCAUGGACUCUACGACGGCAACAGCAGAGCUGGGAUGGACUAUCUAUCCAGCAUUGGGGUGGGAGGAGGUGAGUGGCUACGAUGAGAAUAUGAAUACCAUCCGCACCUACCAGGUGUGCAAUGUCUUUGACAACAACCAGAACAACUGGGUACGCACCAAGUACAUCCGCCGGCGCGGCGCCCAGCGCAUCCACGUGGAGAUUAAGUUCUCGGUGCGCGACUGCAGCUCCAUCCCCAGCGUCCCCGGCUCCUGUAAAGAGACUUUUAACCUGUACUACUACGAGACAGACUCGGACACGGCCAAUAAGGUGUCCCCGGCCUGGAUGGAAAACCCCUGGAUUAAAGUGGACACCAUCGCAGCCGACGAGAGCUUCUCCCAGGUGGACCUGGGCAGCCGGGUGAUGAAAAUCAACAGGGAGGUACGGAGCUUCGGCCCCGUGUCACGCCAGGGUUUCUACCUGGCAUUCCAGGACUACGGCAGCUGCAUGUCGCUCAUCGCCGUGCGCGUCUUCUACAGGAAGUGCCCCCGCGUGGUCGAGAAUGGCGCUGUGUUCCCUGAGACCCUGUCGGGGGCGGAGAGCACCUCCCUGGUGGCGGCGCGGGGUGUGUGUGUGCCCAAUGGGGAGGAGGUGGAUGUGCCCAUCAAGCUCUACUGUAACGGGGACGGGGAGUGGAUGGUGCCCAUAGGGCGCUGUAUGUGCAAGGCUGGGCACGAGGCGGUGGAGAAUGGCACGGUGUGUCGAGCAUGUGGCUCAGGGUUCUUUAAGCCUUCCCAGGGCGACCACCAGUGUCUCCAGUGUCCCAUCAACAGUCGCAUCACCAAUGAGGGGGCCACCAACUGUGUGUGCCGCAACGGUUACUACCGCACCGACUCAGAUCCCCCACUGAUGCCCUGCACCACCAUCCCCUCUGCGCCCCAGAGUGUAAUCUCCAUUGUGAACGAGACAUCCCUGAGGUUGGAGUGGAGCGCACCGCGCGAUGGCGGUGGCCGCGAAGACGUGGUCUACAACAUCAUCUGUAAGAGCUGUGGAGGGGGCCGGGGAGGCUGUACCCGCUGCGGGGACAACGUCCAGUUCGUCCCCCGCCAACUGGGCCUGACAGAGACCAGGGUCCACAUUAGUGACCUGCUGGCCCACACGCAGUACACCUUUGAGAUCCAGGCAGUCAACGGGGUCUCUGACCAGAGCCCCUACUCGCCACAGUACUCGUCGGUCAAAAUCACCACCAACCAGGCCGCGCCAUCGGCCGUGUCGAUUAUGCACCAGGUGAGCCGGACCCCCGACAGCAUCACUCUAUCCUGGUCCCAACCAGACCAGCCCAACGGCCUCAUACUAGACUAUGAGCUGCAGUACUAUGAAAAGAGCAUGGCAGAAUGGAACUCAUCAGUGGUGCGCAGCCAGACCAACACAGCAGUCAUCCGGGGCCUGAAGCCCGGCACUAUUUACGUCUUCCAGGUGCGGGCUCGGACCGUGGCUGGAUUCGGACGCUUCAGCGGAAAGAUGUUCUUCCAGACCAUGACCGAAGAAGAGUACCAGUCCAGCUUUCAGGAGAAGCUCCCCCUCAUAAUUGGCUCCGCCGCUGCAGGCAUGGUCUUCAUCAUCGCUGUCGUCGUAUUCGUCGUCGUCUGCAAUCGAAGAAGCUCUGAGAGACCAGAAUCUGAAUUUACAGAUAAGCUCCAGCACUACACCAGUGGCCACAUGUCUCCAGGAAUGAAGAUCUAUAUCGACCCAUUCACUUAUGAGGACCCCAACGAGGCAGUGAGGGAGUUUGCCAAAGAGAUUGACACUUCCUGUGUCAAGAUUGAGCAAGUCAUUGGCGCAGGAGAGUUUGGGGAGGUGUGCAGUGGGAACCUGCGCCUCCCCGGAAAGAGAGAGAUCCUGGUGGCCAUCAAGACCCUGAAGGUGGGCUACACAGAGCGCCAGAGGCGGGACUUCCUAUCUGAGGCGUCCAUCAUGGGCCAGUUUGACCACCCCAACAUCAUCCACUUGGAGGGCGUGGUCACCAAGAGUGCCCCAGUCAUGAUCAUCACUGAGUUCAUGGAGAAUGGAUCACUGGACUCCUUCCUCAGGCAAAAUGACGGGCAGUUCACAGUGAUCCAACUGGUGGGCAUGCUGCGUGGCAUAGCAGCAGGCAUGAAGUACCUGAAUGACAUGAACUACGUGCACCGGGACCUGGCUGCCCGCAACAUUCUGGUCAAUAGCAACCUGGUGUGUAAGGUGUCGGACUUUGGGCUCUCGCGCUUUCUGGAGGAUGACACAUCAGAUCCCACCUACACCAGCGCCCUGGGAGGGAAGAUCCCUAUCCGAUGGACUGCCCCGGAAGCCAUCCAGUACAGGAAGUUCACCUCCUCCAGUGAUGGGUGGAGCUACGGCAUCGUCAUGUGGGAGGUGAUGUCAUACGGAGAGAGGCCCUACUGGGACAUGAGUAAUCAAGAUGUGAUCAAUGCCAUAGAACAGGACUACCGGUUGCCCCCGCCCAUGGACUGCCCUAGUGCCCUGCACCAGCUCAUGCUGGACUGCUGGCAGAAGGACCGCAACAAUCGGCCCAAGUUCAGCCAGAUUGUCAAUAACCUGGACAAGAUGAUCCGCAACCCCAACAGUCUGAAGGCCACGACGCCGCUGUCAUCAAGUGUUCACCUACCUCUGCUGGACCGCAGCACGCCUGACUUCUCCAGCUUCAGCACCGUGGAUGAGUGGCUGGAUGCCAUCAAGAUGGGCCAGUACAAGGAGAACUUUGCCAACGAGGAAUUCACCAGCUUCGACGUGGUCUCCCAAAUGACCAUGGAGAACAUCCUUCGAGUAGGGGUGACCCUAGUGGGCCACCAGAAGAAGAUCCUUAACAGUGUCCAGUCUAUGCGGGCCCAGAUGAAUCAGAUCACCUCCGUUGAGGUCUGACCUCUGAUGUCCCGACGGGGAGGGCACUGGACUGGACCGGACCUCCAGCCUGGUCUCCCUGUCAGACUGUGACCCCCAUCCCCAUCAGCCCCCCUUCUCUAGACCGCUCUCCCAUGAGUUCAGUCAACAGUCGGCAGCCUGUACUUUAUGGUCAGUCUGCAGCCGUGCUCAGCGUGUCCACAACCACUGCCCCUCCUAUGUUCAGUCUGUCUCUAGCUGUGCUGAGUCUACGACUGUCCAGACUCUGUCCAGUCUCCAACUGCAGUCUGUCUCUGUUGAUUGCACGGCUACAGCCCCUCCUUGUUUUUGUAGUAUGACAUUGUUUACAGUCUUUUGGUUGGAUAUGAUUUCUACUGGUCCCCAGACUAAAACUCAUCGACAGACGGCCCUUUAAAAGGGCUAUUAAGGGAAGGUUGGGACAAGACUUCAUAUAACUUUACUCACAUCUUUCACAGUGAGAUUCUGAGGGUAUCAGUGACUCUAACAGUAGGACCAGUACUCUGAACGGAGCGUAUGUUGUACUGGAUAGUGAAUAGGACAAGUGUCAGACUCCCAUGCAGUUCCAUAGACUUAAUGGAUGUGAAAUGAAAUGACUCAUCUUCGGGAAGAGUCUGUCCCGUGAGAACAAACUUACCGUCCUUGUGCAUAAUGCUCUCAUUUGGCCGUUUGAAAAUUGUUGUGAUUAUAUUACUGUUUGCUACCUACCUUCACUUCUGUUCUCUUGAGAAGAAAAAAACAACUUUGAACACACAUUACUUCCAACAGCCCAAAUGAAGCAUAAUAUAAAAGUACUGUGCAUGUCAUUGUCUCUUUCUCUUCUGGGAAUCACAGGAUGCCAUAGCCACUGAACCAUGUCGGCCAUUUUCACUGUUUUGGAGUUCCGCUCCGUGCAGUCUUUGUUUCGCUGACUCAGUUGGUAUUUGUUUUUUUAAAUAUUUGUAUGUGCACCUUAAUAAAGAAGUAGGAUGGGCACUUCCAUAAAUUCUUCCAUUACAAAAGUGUUGUGUGCAAAGUUUAGAUUUCACUUUCCCUUUGUCCUCCUCUAUGUUUAAAGGACCUCGUGUGAAUAUAUAUUUAGUCUCUGUCAUGAAAAAGCACUUGUCCUUCCAUUUAUGGUACAUACAAAAUGGCUGCAAUAUGUUAUGCAGCCAGGUGUACUAUACUGUACUUGCACAAAAUGACAGCCUCUGAAGCUCCAACCAGGUGGGAAAGGAUUCCAAAGGGAGCCUGCUGGUAUUUAAAAGACUUCACGGAACACUGUUGUUUGGUUUGUUUUUAAAUGGGUUUUAUAAUGAUAUUUUGUGAUUUGUUUUUCUAUUGCUACCUAUGAUCACCUUUGAUGGAGCUGUGAAUUGUCACGUGAUCUGGGGUCGGUCAUACACAGCGUUCAUAUUGACAUAUGUAUAUGCCGUUGCUAUUCAUUUUUCAAAAGUUAGGACACGUGUUUAUGAUUCAUCACAGAGAAAAGUGGGGACUUUUUAAAGAAAUGGAUGAAAGGUCGUUUUUUUUUGUACUGAGAAAUAGGGUAUACCUCUUUUUCAUAUUGUGCCAGCACAUAUCACACGUUUACACAUUUAUACUCCAUCCAUAACAUACUGUACUUGAGGUUCAGGGAUUAGAAACAUAUUUUUUUAAAUUCAAAUAAAUAGACAUUAGUCAAACCAGGAUGACGCAACCCUCUGUUCCUUGAGUGCGAUAGUGUUUGCAUGCUUCCAUUGUCUCCGCACUUCCUGGAUAAAUCACCAUCAGUCAUUCCAUAGGUCAUCUCACAAACGGUAGCAUUUAAUAGGUAUGAAUAUGGUACUAAUUAGGAUACACCUCAAUGAGAAACACUUGACCUUUUACCGCUGGCAAUGGAGUUAUCAACGGUCUUAUUAAAGUGUCAUGCUGUUACUACCCAACCAACAAACUCUGCUGCCUCUGGGGGGAGAAAGUCAUUUCCAAUUUCGAUAAACAGGGGUAUGUUCUUCUGCAGUUCUUCCCAGAUAUAUUGUCCUCGUCGUAUUAUUCUCUAUCAAUAGCUUCUCAGCUGGGUAUAGUGUGCAUUAUGUGGAAGUAUGUCCAUGUGUGGAAAGCUAUGUUAAUUGAUCAUGCAAGAUAGCCCCAGACACUAUUAUUUCACUUUGUUUUAUAGGCCUGUCGCAACAGGGAGGGGGGGGGCAAUGCACUAUACAAGACCCGAAUUUCUAAAUUAAGGAAGACAAUCCUACAAAUAUGAUUUGUAACGACAACAAAAAAAUCAUAGAUUUUUUUUUUUUGCUGCUGUCAACAAAUACACUCACUCAGAGCUUUCCAUCUCUGAGUGCGUGCCAUUUGCAAACAAAAGAAACCAAAAUGGACGCUUCUACUGUAACUCAAUAUAGCUGUGACCUCUAUAUGAGCACAUUUAUUUUUUGGGGGUCAUUUUAGGUGUUUAACAAGAACUCAAACACUGUACACUGUGCUAAGCUCAUUCCCUCUGCUGGUCCCAUGUUAAACCUGCACUAUUACCGUACCUCUAUACCUUUAUAGUACCUUUAUAGUACCUUUUUUCACCCUCUUUCACUUUUGUCCUCCGUCCUUUGGGUGUCCCUAAAGGCAUAUAGGGUCAGCCAAACAACCCCCCCCCCCCUUCCAGUCCUAACCACUGUGAUUGCAUUGGGACGUUUCAUUUUCUGUACAAAUGUACAUUGACUGUAACCCUGUGAAUGAUGUAACAAUUUUAAUUAUUUGUAAUAUUGUUAUUUGUCUAUUUUAUAAAAAUAAAAAAAAAGAACAAAAGAAAAGAAAAGAAAAGAAAAGAAAAGAAAACAACAAUUACGACAACAAACUGGAAGCCGGUAGCAACUGUCUUCUAUAAAUAAAAAAAGGUUACA